AUGAAAAAUUUUGAAAUGGAGCAGCUGAAGAAGGAGGCGGAGUCCCUGAAAGAAAAAAUUAUGGAAGCACAAAAGGCAGUUGCAGAUGCAUCUUUACCUGAACUUGCAUCGAAGGUAGAACCAGUGGGCAAGAUUCAGUUGAGAUCGAGAAGAACUCUCAGAGGGCAUCUUGCAAAAAUUUAUGCUAUGCACUGGGGGAGCGAUUCAAGGAACCUUGUUUCUGCAUCUCAAGAUGGAAAGUUGAUAGUAUGGGACGCUUAUACUUCAAACAAGGUUGUCCAUGCAAUCCCACUUCGGUCCAGUUGGGUCAUGACCUGUUCGUUUGCACCUUCGGGAAACUUUGUGGCCUGUGGUGGACUGGACAACGUCUGCACGGUGUACAGCUUGAAAUCGAGGGAGGGGAGUGUGAAAGCUGUCGCUGAGUUGGUUGGACACAAUGGAUAUCUUUCGUGCUGUCGAUUCGUCGAUGAUCAUCAAAUUGUCACUGCAUCCGGUGACACCACUUGUGCUCUGUGGGAUAUUGAGACAAAACAGCAGACGACCUCAUUCUCAGGGCACUGUGGAGAUGUCAUGAGUUUAGCACUUUCAAGUGACAUGAAGACUUUUGUUUCUGGAGCUUGUGAUAAAACAGCAAAGGUUUUUAGCAUAUCUGAUUGUGUAUGUUUCUUCCCUAGCAACCUGGCCUUCGCGACAGGCUCUGAUGACACGACAUGUCGUCUGUUUGACAUUCGAUCUGACCAGGAAGUUGCUCUCUAUUAUAACGAUGGUAACGAGUGUGGAGUUACCUCUGUGGGCUUCUCAUCCAGUGGCCGACUGCUCUUUGCUGGCUACGAUGAUUUCAAGGUUCAGCUCUUUGACUCCAUCAAACUGGAGAAAGCAGGUCAGUUGUUGGGUCAUGAGAAUCGUGUCAGUUGUCUCGGAGUCACAGAGUCCGGCAACGCAUUAGCAACUGGGUCGUGGGACAGUGUCUUGAAGAUUUGGAACUAA